AUGGCGGCUGCCGGUGCGGUACCGGCGUUGCCGCGGCUCUGCCGCCAGGCCUGGGAGCCCGUGAUCGCCCGGGCGCGCCUCGCCAUCGUCUUCCUGGACGCGGCGGCUGCCGAGGCGCUGCACUGGGCCGGCGGCGGCGCAGGCGUACUGCUGGCGGCGGGGGCACUUGCCGUCAGGCCGCUGGCCGCUGAGGAGGGGCCGGCGGGGGCCGAGCGCGCCGUGUUCGUGCUGAGCGGGCCGCUGCGGGGCGGAGCGGCCGCCGCUGUACGCGCCGUGCUGGGUGCGGGCGGAGUGCGGCGCUGCGCGCUGCUGUGCGGCGAGGCGGAAGGCGGCGGGCCCGGCGAGCUGGAGGAAACGCUGCGGCGCUGGAUGGGCGAGGGCGGCUGCGCCGAGGUGCUGCCGCGGGGGCCGCCGCUUCUCGCCCCCCUUUCGGCCGAACUCGGCCUCCUGCCCGCCCUGGCCGGCCUCGUCCCGCCUUCCGCCCGCCCUCGGUUCGGCGGCACCGCGGAGCCGGGGCUGGGCGCGCUGCCCGCCGCGCUGCGAGACGCCGUGCGGGGCCUGGUGGUCGAGCUCGACGCCCUGUUCGGCGCCAUGGGCCUGCGCGAGGAGUGCUUCGCGGUGGGGGCCCUCAGCAGGGUGUUGGCCGCCGAGCUGGCCGGCUUCGCACCUGCCAGGAACAGGAGGAGGGCGGCCGCCAACAGAGCCUCCGUCGUCUUCGUGGACAGGACGCUGGACCUCGCCGGAGCAGUUGGUCAUCAUGGUGACAAUCUUGCAGAGAAGAUACUUUCUAUGCUUCCCAAGCUUCCUGGCCACAGGACAGAUGUGAUGGUUAAUAUGGUGGAACUUACUGCACUGCAGACUCCAGAUGAAGCUUGCAGUAUUAUAGCACCUGGCUGCUUAGCACAACCAAACAGUCCAGCUGCCAAGGCUCUCUGGGAGUCCUUCAUGAACCUCAAACAGAAGGAAGCUGUGAUGGAGGCCAGGAGACACCUGGUGGAGGCAGCAAGCAGAGAAAAUUUACCCAUUAAAAUGAGCAUGGGUAGAGUCACCCCAGAACAGCUCAGCUCCUAUGUACAACUUUUCAAAAAUAAUUUCAAAGCUUUGGAGAAUCACUGUGGUCUUCUACAGCUUGUGCUGGCUGUAGUCCAGACUCUGAAACACCCUCAGAUUUCCAAAUGGGACAACUUCCUAGCCUUUGAGAGAUUACUUCUGCAGACUAUUGGAGAGUCAGAAAUGCCCAGCGUGUUGAACCAGUUACUGCCAAUGAUCAAGUCUUACAGUGAGAGGAUGCAAGAUGAUUAUACCUGUGAGGACUUCUUUGUCUUGUUGGUGUACAUGUAUUCUGUGGUUGGAGAAAUAAAAAAUGGAGAAGAGCUGGACAAAGCUGAGGAAGAAGUGAAGAAGGCUCUAGUCAAGGCAAUUUGUGAUGAACCAGAGCUGUCUCCUUUGUUGCAGAAAAUAACAGGCUGUAACUCGGCACUGGAUCUAACAUCCCAGAAAGCCACAGAUGCAGUGGACAAUAUCUUUAAGUUGCUGAAGGAUGUUGCGAGAGCUCGAAUGCAUAUGAAGCAGUUUAAGUCUGUACAUAAUCCAGGCAGCAACACCAAUCAGGCUUCUUACAAACCACUGCUAAAACAGGUGGUGGAAGAGAUCUGCAGUGCCGAUCGACCUGAUUCUGUUGAUAUUGAGCAUAUGUCAUCAGGCCUCACCGAUCUACUUAAAACUGGAUUCAGCAUGUUCAUGAAGGUGAAUCGCCCUCACCCUGGUGACCAUCCUCUUCUGAUCAUCUUUAUGGUUGGUGGUGUGACAGUGUCUGAGGUCAAAAUGGUGAAGGAUCUGGUAGCAACACGCAAACCUAGUACUCAGGUAAUUGUGCUCUCCUCAGCACUCCUGACCCCACAGGGAGCUAUUGAGCAGUUGUUUGCAGCUGAUCAUCCCCAACCUGAUCCUGAUAUCUGACAUGGGAGGAUGUGUGGAGAAGAUAGAUGGCUGCCUUGGCUGGAAGCAUCAAGUCCCUGGUUUGUCACUGUUCCCAACAGCCCUCUGAAAAGCAGCAUGUCCCCUACUGUGCAGCUGGGUACCUCACUGCAAGAGAGCUGUGCAGCCCACAGGGGGCUCCUAAAGCUGGUCCAUUUGUCCUGUACCACCCUCUCCUUAAGGGUCACACAGCGUGGUGCUGAAUCACCCCCUCCACUCAGCACUCACAAGGAUGAUUGUCUGUAAUAACUCCCUAGAAAAGAAGAAACUGAGGACCAGGUAGGCUGAAUGUGCACUCCCUGAGCAGCACUUUCCUCUGCAAGUAAUGCCAGUGUUUUUCUGGGGUUGAUUCUGCUGGGAAAUGCUGCUGAGGGAGAAAAAGGGCAGCAAAAUCCAUCUCUCUGCCAUGUCAUCCUGCAAAAGAUGUGUGUCUUAUACAGUAUUAACAGCCUCUGCUCAUUAUACCCAGAGAGGGAUCAUGGAGCACAGCCCCAGUUCAGCUGGCAGAGCAGCUCCCAGUGCAGUGAUGCUCUCCCAGCCACAGUAGAGCAGCUGGAUGGAGGGCUGAGUUACAUGAUUGUUUCUCUCGCAGGUUUCCAUUUCCUGCUCUAGUUUCUCCACCCACAAUCCCAGGAGAAAAGGCUGUUUCUGAUGGCACACUUCUCUGCAGUUUAACACAAGGAGGACAUAUGGGCUGUGAUGGGGUGAUGGUAACCUUGGAAGAAUCCUCCCCUCACUUGCAUUUAAAAAAGAGGGGAAAAAAAAGCAUGUUCCCAUUUUCAAGAGGCCACUGUGACAGGUUCUUUUUUGAGCUAGAUUUCUGAACGGCAUGAUAAGAGAGCAGCUUUUAUAUUUCAUUUAUGAUAAUGAAAGAGCUGCUAUCACAUUCAGUUCUGUAAUUUUUUCUUUUUAACAAAUUGAUAUAAUCUUAGAUAAAACAGCGUUAGCCAAUAGAGACUGUGAUUGUGCGUAGCACAAAAUGUUCAAAUUGCAACAAAAACUGGAGGAGCUCUGAAGCUGCAUCCUCUUGGUUCAUCCGAGAAAGGUUAAGACUGCAGCUCACAUUAAGAACGAGAAUGUCAAGUGAUAGAUGAAGUUUGCUUGAAUAUAGCAUUCUUUCUGAUGUCAAAGGAAUAGCCUAAAUAGGAAGUAGCUCUUUAACCUUUUUUUAGUAGCCUGCUUGAGUUCUCUUAAAUGUUUAUAAUGGUCUCCAGAAAAGGCUGCAUUUUGGUUUAAAUUCACUUUUGAGUGGCUAGAAGGAAACAAAGGACCAACUAUAAAGCAUGGACAAUGUUGCCUCUAUGAAAGAACAAUUUAUAAGAAUGACUUUAGAAUGGAACUUUGUGCUGUAAAAAAUGAGAAAUAUUAUGAGAUUGCAAUGUUAAAAGCUCAAGAAAUAUUUUGAGCGGAACAGCUUGAGAGCAAAUAGCCUUUCUCUGCAUUUCCUUUUCUUUCUAUAUCAUUUAAUCUUAGACUGUAGAUGUUUUGUGAAUUAUGUAAUCAAUAAAGCAGUGCCUUUACAAUG